AUGGUUUGUGGACGUGUUCGUACGAAAACCGUAAAGAAGGCAUCACGAGUUAUCAUCGAGAAGUACUACACAAAACUCACUCAUGACUUCCACACGAACAAGAGGAUUUGUGAGGAAAUUGCUGUUAUUCCAAGCAAGAAAAUGCGAAACCGCAUCGCUGGAUUCAUAACGCAUUUGAUGAAACGAAUUGAACAUGGCGCAGUGCGCGGUAUUUCAAUCAAGUUGCAAGAGGAGGAACGUGAACGUCGUGAUAACUACAUGCCUGAGAUCUCUGUGGUCGACCCACGAGAGCUAACGCAGAUCGAUGUUGAUCCUGAAACGAAACAGAUGGUUGAUGCGAUGGUUUGUUAUUCCUUUAUUAUUCCUUUAUUUGAGUCACAUUUGCUGCAGUUUACUCGGUGUGCACAACUAUGA